AUGGCGGACUGCGAGGUGCUCAUCGCGAGGAGAGACACGCUGCUCGCUACUCUGGGUCGGGCAGAGGCUUUCGUCGCCAACUACGAUGCAGGACGGGACCAAGGACAAGUACCGCUGAGACUGAGCCACGUCGACAACAUCUGGUCUAACCUCGAAGCGGUGCAGGGCCAGCUUGAGGAUACGGAAAGGACAGCAGAAGGUAGGGCAUUGCAUGCUGAUGUUCGUGCUGGCUAUGAAACCCGGCUUUUCGCAAUAAAAGCAGACUUACUCUCUAAAAUGCCUCCCACUCAUAUGAACGCUCGCAAUCCUUGUUCCGCUCAAACUAACUCCGCUCUCUCUGGGAUCAAGCUUCCAACUAUUUCGCUUCCGGAAUUCGACGGCGAUUACCAGCACUGGCUCACUUUCCACGAUACGUUCGUCGCUUUGAUACAUUCGAACGCUGAUCUGCCCGACAUCCAAAAAUUCCACUACUUAAGGGCAGCUGUAAAAGGAGAAGCCGCGCAGUCGAUCGAGUCGAUCGCGAUCAGUUCCGCUAAUUAUAACUUGGCUUGGGAUGCACUGAAAGGUCGUUACUCCAACGAGUAUUUAAUGAAGAAGCGCCACCUCCAGGCAGUCUUUGAUGUUCCACGGAUGAAGAAGGAGUCCGCUACGACACUUCAUGGGUUGGUUGACGAGUUCGAACGGCAUGUGAAAGUCCUUCGGCAGCUUGGAGAACCUACCGAUUCGUGGAGCAGCCUUCUCGAACACCUGCUUUGCACGAGACUACACGACGACACACUCAAGGUGUGGGAGGACCAUGCGUCGACGGUGACAGAUCCAAACUACGACUGCCUGAUUGGGUUCCUGCAACGGAGAAUUCGGGUUUUGGAGUCGAUUUCUGUGAAUCACCAUGCACCAUCGGGUUCCGCUCCACCUACCGCGUCGUCGACGAAGAAGCAAAUACCGAUGAUUCGUCUUUCGUCGUGCUCUUCCACUGCUAGCACAACGAAACGAUGUCCAGCUUGCAAUCAGCCACAUCCUUUGGGCAAAUGUUUCAAGUUUCAGCGUCUUCCGCUUUCUGAACGUCAGCAGAUUGUCAACGCGAAGCGCCUGUGUACUUACUGCUUGAAAUCCGAUCAUUCCAAUCGCAACUGUCCAUCGGAACUCACUUGCAGGUAUUGUAAUCGUCGGCACCAUAGUCUUCUUCACUACGCAGCCCCGGAUGCCAGCCGCAGGUCCUCAAACGACAGCGCAACGCUUCCCAUCACCACCUCGUCAACUCCGGUGAUCAAUCACUCGUUUUCUCCAGCAGAGCAUUCCGAACAGUCUCUGGUGAUCGCAACAGAUGGUCAGGUUCCAGUGGUUCAAACUAGCGUCCCUCGUCACCACGAAAGAGACAAUGUGUUUUUGCUCACCGUCAUCGUAAAUAUCGUCGACGCUUUCGGUCACGAACAUCCAGCGCGCGCUCUUUUGGACAGCGCCUCACAGCCAAAUCUUAUAACCGAGCGACUCGCCAGCAUGCUUCGUCUGCGGCGCAGCAACGUCAACAUUACGGUACAGGGUGCCGGUAAAUUGUCCAAGCCUGUGCGCCAGUCAGUCUACACCGAAAUUCGGUCGCAGAAUCAGCCAUUCUCGUGUGAUGUCAACUUCUUGGUGAUGGACAAAGUCACAGCAGACCUUCCCUCACAGAAUAUUUCUACGGCAGGGUGGAAUAUCCCGAAGGAACUGGUGCUGGCCGAUCCUUCGUUCAACAAGUCGCAGCCAAUUGACUUGGUACUCGGUGCGAGGCAUUUCUAUUCGUUCUUCCCCAGUGCUGCACGGUUACAGUUGGCUGCAAAUCUCCCAGUCCUCGUUGAUAGCAUUUUCGGCUGGAUAGUCGCUGGUUCUUCUACUCAAAUCCACCCAGACUCCACUUCCGGCACUUCUGCAUCCAGUUCCAUAACUAUUUCGAUGGUGUCCCUCGAGGAAAGCAUUGAACGCUUCUGGAAAACUGAAGAAUUGGUCCUCAACGACGGUUACUCUGUGGAAGAACGGCACUGUGAGACAGUCUACCAGUCUUCGGUCGAGCGCAAUGACGAAGGCCGCUACAUCGUUCGAAUGCCUCGUCAACCUGAUUUCAACGUCAAGCUUGGAGCAUCAAAAGCCAAUGCGCUACGCCGUUUCCAGCUCUUGGAGAAGCGCCUUGAGCGGAACGCAAAACUCAAGGAAGAUUACCACGCGUUUAUGCAGGAAUACCUCGACCUUGGCCACAUGCGCUUGGUAGGAACGCACGAAAAAGAACCUGCAGUAGCCUACUAUCUUCCGCACCACCCAGUCUUCAAAGAUUCCAGCACGACCACCAAAGUUCGAGUAGUUUUCGACGCUUCGGCAAAGACUUCGACAGGCUAUUCCCUAAACGAAGCACUUUCCGUGGGCCCGGUGGUACAGGAUGAUCUGCUGGACAUCAUGAUUCGCUUCCGAACCUUCAAGGUGGCCGUGGUAGGCGACAUUGCCAAAAUGUACAGGCAAGUUUUGCUGCAUCCGGACGACAGGUCGCUCGUUCGCAUCUUUUUUCGAUUCACUCCAAGUUCUCCAGUACAGGUUUACGAAUUGCUCACCGUUACGUACGGCUUGGCGCCUUCUUCCUACCUUGCAACACGCACAUUGAAACAGCUGGCGGAUGACGAAGGCGAGGCAUACCCCCUUGGCGGUCCUGCGUUGCGCAAGAGCUUUUACGUCGACGACUUCAUCGGAGGAGCACAAUCUGUUCAAGAGGCUAUUCGACUGCGGACGGAAAUGAGCGAGCUAUUGGCCAAGGGAGGCUUCGAGCUGAGAAAAUGGACGUCCAAUGAGCUCGAUGUUCUGCAGGGCCUGAAAGACGACCAAAUUGGUACUCAGUCGUCCCUCGAAUUCAGCCCUAACGAAACCGUGAAAGCCUUAGGAAUCUGUUGGGAACCGGAAGCGGACACCUUGCGCUUCGACUCCAGUGUCGAUGAGAACAGCAAACCACCCACCAAGCGUUCCAUUUUGUCGGCCAUAUCACGUUUAUUUGAUCCACUUGGUCUCAUCGCACCGGUCGUCGUGAAAUCCAAGAUUUUGAUGCAGGAGCUCUGGCUGUUAUCUUGCGGAUGGGACGAUCCCGUUCCGGAACAGGUCCAGCAAAAGUGGGAGAACAUUCGCAGCGAACUUCCGAAAAUUUCCUCAUACCGUGUCGACCGCUAUGCACUCUUGCCAAACUCAACGAUCCAGCUACACACUUUCUCCGAUGCUUCAGAAUCGGCGUACGGUGCAUGCAUCUACGCCCGCUGCGAGGACGCGCAAGGUCAGACUCGUAUUUGCCUGCUGGCAUCCAAGUCGCGUGUGGCACCCCUAAAACGAGUUAGUCUUCCACGCUUGGAACUCUGCGCCGCUGUUUUAGGUGCCCAUCUUUACGAUCGGAUCAAGAAAGCCAUCGGCAUCGACAUUUCCACCUCGUUUUUCUGGUCCGACUCUGCCAUUACGCUGCAGUGGAUCCGUUCGCCUCCGAACACUUGGAAGACAUACGUCGGUAAUCGGGUUUCAGAGAUCCAACAUUUCACCCAUGGCUGUAUCUGGAAUCACGUCGCUGGCUACGAAAAUCCUGCCGAUCUGGUGUCACGCGGAAUGACAUUAGCUGAAGCCAAAACGACCCUAGUUCGCCUUGCGCAAAAUGACUCCUUUGCCACCGAAAUAAAAGCCCUUCAAGAUGGUCAAGUAGUUGGAAAGCGUUCUCCCCUUCGAAAGUUGAGCCCAUUCGUCGACCCAGAGAGAGUAUUGCGAGUGGGAGGCCGUCUAACUGAGCACUACCACAAGAAGCUUCUCCACGGCGGCGGGCGUGCUCUGCUGGCAGCAAUGCGCGAAGAAUUUUGGCCGAUCGACGGCCGCAGACUAGUGCGAAAUGUAGUUCGUGCUUGUUUCCGAUGCUAUCGUCUCAACCCGGUGGCUGAACAGCAACAAAUCGGCCAGCUACCUGCUGCCCGAGUGAUUCCCAGUCGUCCAUUCAGCGUAGUAGGAGUUGAUUACGCUGGGCCAUUCUACCUGAAGGCCAUCCACAAACGAGCUGCUCCCACGAAAGCGUAUCUGUGCCUCUUCGUGUGCUUCGCAACGAAGGCGGUGCACCUAGAGUUAGUCAGCGAACUGUCCACGUCUGCUUUCCUGGCAACUCUUCGCAGGUUUAUCUCUCGCCGAGGCCGCCCCUCGGAUAUACAUUCGGACAAUGGGAAGAAUUUUGAAGGUGCUAGCAACGACAUCACCCAAUUGUAUGACAUGCUCGCUGAAGAAACAUUCCAAGCGGAAAUCGUAUCGACAUGUGCCGCCGAAGGAACUACUUGGCACUUCACACCCCCAAAAGCUCCUCACUUCGGCGGGCUAUGGGAGUCGGCCAUCAAGGUAGCGAAGAAGCAUCUGUAUCGACAGAUAGGCACGACGCGGCUCUCUUAUGAGGACAUGAGCACUGUUCUAGCACAGGUAGAAGCGAUAAUGAAUUCGCGGCCACUGCUUCCAAUGAACGAGGAUCCUGACGACUUGGCCGCAUUAACUCCAGGCCACUUCCUCGUCGGUACAUCGCUUCUCGCCCUGCCCGACCCAGACUUUCGCACCAUUCCGACAAGUCAGCUGGACCACUACUGGAAACUUCAGUCUCACAUCGGACGAUUUUGGCACCAUUGGCAGAAGGAAUACAUCCAGGAGCUGCAAAAGGACACCAAGGGUCAUUCGAGGAACGAGAAAUUUCUGCUGGGGCAACUUGUCAUCAUCGUCGACGAGCAACAGCCAACACUGCGCUGGCCUUUGGCUCGUAUAGUCGCCGUUCAUCCCGGGAACGACAACAUCACUCGGGUCGUUUCAUUGUUGACUGCGAAAGGUGUUAUCAAACGACCAAUUGCGAAAAUUUGCCUGCUUCCUUUCGUCGCAUCGGUUCCUGAUGACAGCGAUUCAACAUCCAACGAUGAACUUCAACUGGAGCCUGCUUUAGAUUAA